AUGUCCAGCAGUUCCAACACUCUUCCCGACCUGGCACCGCGACCAGCGCAUCUUACACACUCUUCGCAUGGACGUGACACCUUCAUCAUCCGGCCCGAGAUCAUGACUGGUACUCACCCCGUCCCCGGGACUUCGUGGACCGCGACGAUCUUCGACCGUACGGACUCAAAUGUCUGCAGGCUGGGUCUCCACGGUCACGACGGGAGUACCUCUCUUGCGGAAUGGCAAGACAGACGCGGUGUAGUAUCGGGAGCAGAUCCCCUGAUGCCAGAUCUCUCUCAGCUCUCGAUGCGAGAGGGGCCGGAGGACGCCCCCGAAGCGGGUCCCCCGGGGGAGGCCCCCCAGGCGCCAGACCUGUCUCAGCUCUCGAGCGAAGAAGCCGAGAAGGCAGUCAAGAGCUAUUUUGCCAAGACUGGCAGGCCUCCGAUUCCCCCUGCCUUCGACUCCAACCCUGAGCAGUACCGAAUCGCGCGCAUCUACCCUACCGAAAUUGAGCUGAGACAGAUGGUCGACUUGUCGAGAGCUCGCAAUCACUCAGUCUCCCUCGUCCCAUUCAAGAACGCAAAGGCGGCUGGGCCAAGCUUCAGACCGUCCGAUACGAGCAUCAAUACCACUGCCCAAUCUUGGCCAGAAGGCUGGGCAUUUGGCUACGACGGUCUCAACGAGGUGUGGUACUUCUACAAGGGUACUAUGGAUACGGGGCUUUCCAUCAAUACCGCGUUUCAUCAAUCACAGAGCUACUACUACCGAUACAGCAAUGGAAAGAGAAUCACCCUAGACGUGGAUCCGUCAAGGAGAGAUGAGCCAGCCAGGGGCGAUAUGCGUUUGCACCUCGCUUUCGCUGAUGGGCGGCGGGGAAGGCAGCAGAUCGAGCCAAGUGAAGUGAUUGUCCAACUCAUCGAGGAAGAUACCUCAAGUGGUCAAUCGUCAGCCCUUCAAGGGCCACUUGAAGCCUUCUUUCAGAUGGGGCGCAGCGCCGAGGGUGGCCCCGGCCCGCAUGGCAUCACGCUAUUGACCGCGGCCGACGGAAGCAGGGACGAUGCGCUUCAGACGGGGGACAUCACAUAUACGCUGCAAAGUGGCGCAAGCGCUCUCAGCAGCAAAGCGUCCACUCAAGUCACUCUGCUUCGCGAAGGCUGUCCCGCGAACCAGGGACGGGAGGAGGUCUACGCCAGGACAGGGGCUGGUAGGGAGCUGGAGAUGUCUGCAAGGAUCGUGAGCGUGCCGCCGCACACCGGCUGGGCACGCCACCCGCGCCUGCUGGAGUAUCUCGCGAAGAUAUCAGCGCCCGGUGACGAGCUCGAGGCGGGGACAGUAUAA